CAGCUUCGUCUUUAUGCGUUUGGCGACACCUGGUGGUGGUUUACUGAAAGCGCUCUCGGUUUGGAAACCGAAAGUGAUCUGUUGUGAGUGAAGACCAGGAAAACGAACCUGCACACAUUUCAGGACGCAUUUCUGGUUUUGCUGUUGUGAAAGAAUAACGGACUUUGAGAAAUGAGUCGUUUUCAGCAGGAAGUGGAGUUGGAAAAAAGCGUAAGGCGACUGAGGGAGAAGUUCCAUGGGAAAAUUCCAGUGGACAAAGCGACUUUACUCAUGCAACGCUAUGGAAAUGACCACCGAAUGGUCGCCAUGGAGAUUGUCUUGAUGAAAGACAGAGACUUGGAUGAAGAGGACAAAUGGUCUCUGAAGAAUGACCCAGUUGUUAGGAAUGUUGUUCAGAAACUGCAAGCUGAGGAAAGAGAACAGGGUGAAAGGGAAGCGAGGUCAUCAGGAGCCAGUGAUGACUCUGGACGCUCUGACAAAUCUAAAACAAACAAAGGGCCCAAAGAGGACAAGGACAUACAGGAGCUUGGGAAGCAUCUUCGUAUCCUGCCUCUGACCGAGAAGAACAAACGCAUGUUUGAUCAGGCACAGAAGAACCAAAUGCCCUCCGACAUCCAUCAGUUUGCCUGCCCGACAUGUGACCAGGUGUGGUGGCGACGAGUGCCGCAGAGAAAAAGGGUGUCUCGCUGCCAUCGAUGCAGAAAGAAAUACGACCCAGUGCCACCGGACAAAAUGUGGGGCAUUGCAGAGUUCUUCUGUCCAAACUGCUCUCGAUCGUUCAAGGGGUUUGGCCGAAUGGACCUGGGCUCUCCCUGUUACGGCUGUCGGUGCAUUAUACUGCCAACGCAAAUCCUGCCUCCACGCAGAAGCACAAUGGACCAAGGCCCUAGAAGAAGACAGCACAGCUGCCUGGCUGAGGACUGCUACAACAGACAGGAGCCCCAUGUGCCUGGGACAGAAUGCGUCCACCCUCGCAGCAGGCAGAGGAACAGGAAGCCACAGGUGGUCAACCCCAGCAUGGCCCACAUCAGCAGCGGCUCCACGGUCAACACGUGCCUGAGCCAGGGCAGCCUGCUGGAGCAGGUGUUUGAUCUCAUCAUGGACGACAUCGGUGAGGAAGAGAGCCAAGAGGAGUCGGACAGCAGCGGCAGCGGGCACAGCGUGAGCAGCUGAAGCGAUUGUGUCCGCUGCUCCGACAGGCCAAAGUUGCAUUCAGUAAGAAUGCUUGGUUUCUGAUUGUAAAUGUGUUCUAGCCUGAGGGAACCUCCCUGCUGUCUUAAUGCAAAACACUGUGCAUUUCCUUUUAAAGCAUGUGAGGACAAUGCACAGUGCUUUGCUCUUGGAGAAGCAGUGACUUCUCCAGAAUUUUCAGGAAUCUGCAGCAUAUUUGUAUUUCAAUUUGCACAAAAUACACAAAAAAUAAGGGCGUCCGUCGGUUUUGUAUACUUGUAAUUGGGUAGCUACACUGAUAAUUCAUAAACUGUUCAUUCCAUUCCAUACUUCUGUCCUCCAGGGACAGUUUAACUGAAGGACUGUAUUGCAUAUUAUGUGUUGCACUGCACAGGAAGAUAAACUUUGUAAUUUAAAAAUUGUAACAAACCUACACUGUAGUGGAGAGUGGAGCACAACCUAGCACAUGUUUAUUUAUUGCUAAAUAAUUCUACAUAUAUUUUAAACAUUAAUCAUUCUUUUACAGACAACUUUACAGAUACUCCCUGUAUCAGUUGUAAAAGUGCCUACUGUGAACAAUUUGUCUGAAGGCAGUAACAGUCACAAAAAACUCUGGUAAAUGGAUGCAAACACUAUUAAUUCAGUUAGGGAUACAACGAUAUGAGAAUUGCGUGAUAUUCGAUAUUUUUGUGCGUAUAUCUCAGGGGUCGGCAACUCAAACGUUAAGAAGAGCCAUUUUGUCCUUUCAACAAAAAACAAACUACCUUGGAAGCCACAACAUUUCAUGUCCACUUUACUGAGAUCAUUUUUUACCAUCUUGGCUGUAAAU